AUGUGUCUCACACCACUCAGAAGGCAACACCUAAAAGAAGCGAUACUAAGCUAUACCGUGUUCCUGCUAACUCCUGCCUACUUUUUAUUCCAGCUGUGCGUCAUAAGGCCGUAUCUAACAGUACAUCUCGACUGGGGUCCUGUGAAACACUUCCUUCACAUUAUUUUCGCCAGCUACUUAUUUACCAACGUCGCUGGGAACAUGAUCUUCUGUGUGCUGUCAGAUACUAGUGUUAAAUCGUACCGUGGACCAGGUAGCUACUGCGAAUUCUGCAAACAGAAACGACCAGCGAACAGUUGGCACUGCACGACAUGCAAUGCUUGUAUAUUAAGGAGAGACCAUCAUUGCACCCUUUUCGCACGCUGCAUUGGCCGUAACAACCUACGAUACUACAUUUGCUACUUAUGCCAUCUAAGUAUCUCGAUGUUUUACGCCACUUACUACAAUUACAUCGUUCUUCGCUCCAUGUUUGACCUCAGGACUUUUGCUGCGACCGCGUCAAGAAUUUUCGAUUUGACUGAUUGGAGCAUAUUUGCUUAUAGUUCAUUGAUACUAAGAGCUCGCUUAUUUGUAUGCUUCUGGUAUUUCAAUUUAAUUAUUUUGCCAAUCUCGAUUAAUUUUUUGGUGUUCCAUCUGUAUAAGGCGUUUAAAGGUUUGACGUGGUACGAGUAUAAGAAAGGGAAGGUGCCUGUAAGGGCUCACUGGAAAAGGAACUUGGCCUACGUUUUUGGCACGCGGUGGUAUCUCGCUUUACUUUGGCCGUCGGUGGAAAGUCCUCUGCCUAAUAAUAAACGUGCACAAGGAUAUUACUGGUUCGGGAUGAUCGUUGCCUUACCCAAGCUGCUAAAACUGUCCUUCAUAACUCGCUGCACCUAUUACCUCCACAGCAUCUUCGGAACUUACUGUUUCAUCAACGUUGCUGGCAACUUGAUCCUCAGCUUUCUCACUGAUUCCCGUUUGAAGGAUUACCACGGACCAGGUACUUACUGCCAAUACUGCAAACAGAACAGACCAGCGGAAACAUGGCAUUGUAAGUUAACAGUAUGGACGAUGGUACCACAAGAGUGCCGCAACUGCCACGCAAUUCUUACGCAAGCCGCGACGCGGAGCAUGCUAAUGGACUGCACAGGAAGCGUAUGCCACGGAUAA